AUGCCGACAAUCAUUCAGUAGUUUCAUAUUUCUAUGAAAUAUAGAAUUUGGCAACAAAGUAUAUUGCAAGGAGUUUACGAUGCUUUGAAGGAGAUCCUAGACUCUGUUUUGAAGGACUAAUGUUAGUCUGGCACUUCAUGAUCAACUGUAGAGGUGAUGUUGCUUUUGGGGAGGGCGGGUAUCAUGCGAAGCUAACUGUAAGCUUGUGAGUUGCUUGUGAUUGUACAGGGAAAGGGAUGGCUCUAUCCCACAUUCUGCUAACUCACAUGGUUCAUAAGUAGGGAACUGAAACCAGGUCUUGAGAUCACGUGAUGUUCCUUUGAUUAUAUUGUCACAUGGCAAUUUAAACCUGAAAUUGAUAGCCGCGGCACUGAUUUGAGCUUCAUGUACUGCAUGCCUGCAUGCCUGGAGGACAAGGAUGGACGGUUUUACCAACUAACCGCUGUCACGUCCGUAUCCUUCCCUUUCUCCUUUCAUUGUGAAACAACUCUCUGUUACGCAUGCUGCUCCUGGACUCCCUUGCAGUUUUAUUAGGGGAGUCUUCUUCUGCUUUUCUCAAUCAUUUCCUUGGGGUUGCAUCCACCUCAAAUUUUGGAUAUCACUUAGUUCAAACGGUGAACCUUACAAGGAUCAAUAACCAUUGUACAUAGAACAGGUUAUAAUGUUGUCACUCUCUCAGUAGGUUGGUGGAUUCAGAGCUGAAUAAGCUCUUCAUAAUGGAGUGAACUCUUUGUGGUAUUAAUGGAAACACCAACCAUCUUUAGCAAUCUGCAACUCGACACCAUGGCGAAGAUGAUCAAAAUGGCUAUCUCGUAGGUAAUUAGUCGACGACGGAGUCUGAUGGCAGCAAAUUAAUAGGAAAGCGGCACAGGCCCAUCUCUUCGGCCGGAAUGAAAAUGCGACGUUCAAGACAGAGGAAGGGAAAAUCAGGAAGCAAACAGGUAGGAACCUUGAAUGUUUCUAGGGCGUCUUCUGGCCCUAGGUAUGAAGUUUUCACGAUCCCCACCCCAAGAGGUUAUCUGUCCAAAGGAGCUUCUGAAAGUAAUAUGGAAACGAGCCUCACCGAUCGAAAGAGGCCUGCCAGCAACCCAGAGCACGUAGGGGCGCCCACUUCGUUUGGGACUCCUCAGCAUGUUGUCGUUGGGCAAUGCUACAGUGAUUGCUCUCAUGAUUCCCAGCGCUCCCUAGAUGGAGACGUGUGUUCUGCCAGACCUGGAGUGAAACACAUUAUGGUUAGAUUGUCUGGCCUAAUCCCCAGUCUAUCUCCAGCUACCACUUCAGAAGUGCCUUUUUCCAUCAAUUGUGGCGGGCGAACAAAGAUAAUGGGGACAGAAUCUGAACCUAAUCAGCAGAUGUUCACAGCUAUGCAGAGCAAUACCAUAUCAGGUUGCACAUCAAACGAGAAAAUUAAUCAUAAUACGAAUUGCACCCAUUUAGAAUUACAGUCUUCCUCUCAGAAAAUGACUGUCACACCGACUGUUAGAAUUCUUCACCAAGCUCUUCAAACCCCUGAUGAGAGGGUUUUGAUGGAGGAGAUCGCAGAAACGCAGAAACAUGAUAGAGCUGGUGCAGCUGUCUGUAGAGACGAAACAGGUGGCUCUAUUGCGAACCUUCCUCUACUUGACAAGAGUUGCUGUGCGCUGGAUUCCAGUAACGCACAGGCUAGGAGUGGGUUUGUACAAAUAGACCCUAUUUCUCGUCCAACCAAUUCCAACUGGCUCUAUCCCGCAGUUUUUCCAAUGAAUUAUCGACCUGUGAAUGGUUGCCACGGAUGUGGAGCCACCAGAUUCGCCCCUCCCUGCAUCUUCCAAAGAGAUUUCCCGAGGGUUGUUCAUUACUACGCAGAGCAUCCGACACUUAGCCAAAAGAGCCUCCAACGGAACAGAGUUGAACCACCGGCCUGUUGUGAAGGACUUGAUUUUGAAGGACUAUCAUCCGAAUCAAUCUAUGCCCCCACAAUGGAGCAAGACGAGGGGCAUGUAUAUGGAGCUCAAUACAUAAACAGAGACGACGUGUUGAUGUGUCCAGCUCCGUGGGUUUACGAAGGGAGAUUUUUUCCAGGUACUCCUGCAAUGGGAGUAAACUGGGUGUCAGAUUGUAUUAGUGAGGGCCAGCCAAGACAAAGCUCUAGCGAAAAGCUUGAAGAAAGCUACUCUCAUAAAAUACCAGACCCUGUGUAUCUCUCAGCUCACUGCAACACUUGUAGUACCGACUAUUCCCCUGAUCUGGAUGUCGAUACGCAACGGCAUCUUGAGGAGAAAAUCGGUCACGAAAUCUUGCUACUGAGUCAGAAGCUGGCGAAUCUGCAGGCCCAAUGUGGAACCCGGCGCCCCGUUCACAGCAACACCAAGCCUGCUGUUCUGAACCGCCCGCAAGCACCUCCCUUGGACGUCAAUAUGCGACGCACUCAAAGAGAUCCCAAGAGCGCGAGUUCUCGCACUUCAAGCAUUAGCCGAAGUAUUAGAUGUCAGGGCACAACCCAACCUCGGUCUGGAGCUUCUUCGUCCUCGAGGACCACUCGCAAGCAAGCUGCAGAGUCUAGGUUCAAGAUCGAAGAUAGAUUGCUUGAAGGUGGUAGAAUCAAGGGAGCUAAUUCGUCCACCCCUGCGCAAUCUUCAAGUAGAGGAAGCGACUCAGGGGCAUCAUCAUCAACAGCCACUUUCAAUGUUGAUAAGAACCAGCCACAUUCUCGAGAUGGCUCUGGUGGCCAUUCGUCCGAGAAUAGCACAACUGGUCCACGAGGAAGCGCAAUGCAUUGCGGAGUUCAUCAACAUGGAGCAAAUGAAGCUGUAGAUUCUGUGCAAGGACGUGUGCAAAACUUCAGAGAGGAUGGUGAAGAUGGAGCAAGUAACAAAGCCAGAUCCUUUUCGAGGGCUUACAUGAAAUGUGUACGAGGUAGAGGAGCUGCAGGAAUUCAUUUAGAGGAGUGCUCUUAUUCGGAUGAUAUGAAAGUGAAUCUGAGGAUUGGAGGAAUGAAUGUGCAAGGGCACCCAAACGGAAGCAAACAGUUUGAUUGGGAGAAGUUCCGGUUCCAAGGGACUGCCGGUUUACGUGGGAAUGAAGAAUUCGUUGAGGCAAUUGAUUCUCGAAUUCUACCUAAGUUGAACUCUCAGGUGGGGUUCGCAGAAGUACACGCUGAGACUUGGCUGUCGAAUGGGGGGACUUCCAUAUCAGUAAGCAAAUCGGCGCAACCUGGUGAAGGCAAUUCUCCUGCGGAGCUUGCAUGGACUUCAACAGAUGGGAAUGACAAACAGGAGUGCGAGAACAGAGGAAAGAGGCUGCCAGAUCGUCGCAUUGAGAACAGGCAUGCUACGAGUGGCAUGAGAGAUGCAGAUUCUCCCAAGGAAAUAUGCGGCUUGGACUCUAGAACAGCGCAUCAUUUGCUAAAGGCGGGAUUGAGAAGAAAACCUUACUUUUGGAAGACACCGAGGUUAGGGCCCGUUCCGCGCAUACUGAGGUUGAAGAAAAAGACGUUUGGAACUCGAAGUCCACGAAAGGAUUGUGGGAAGCGGUUGCGUAGAAGGACGUUGUUCGACUUAAACCUAAACUUGAAGACAAAUCUCAUGAGUGCAGGUGCUGCGCUUGAAGAAGGUGAUGAUGAGAACUCAGACAGUGGAAGCCAACCAUGGCAGCUGAUGGAGGAGGAAACAGGAGGUUCUGAAGAGACGGUGGAUGCGCAAUGUCAGCGUGAGGUUGCUGAUUACAAAGCUGAGUACGCGACGUUCGUAGAGAACACUGCCGUGAGGCUGCAUAAGAAUUCAGAAAACGAAGACUACACUUCAAUUAUCAACUUGCAAGCGUUAACGAGUGGUGCCCGUAGUAAAGUGAACGAAUUGAAGCUCUCGGAAGCACCGUUAGUGUGGCUAUCAAAACCUUCAUCUCAACCAGCGAAGAAAACGUAUAUUAAAUGUGUUGAGCUCGUAAUGGCAAUGAAGAAGAAGAACCGGCUCUGUAAGCUAAAUGGACGCAAGGCUUUCGGAGAUGGGUACUCUUACAGGAGGAUGGAUUGUUUGGUGGGGUCGAAGGAUAACGAUGGAAUGGAAAAAGAGCUUCACAAUAGGGCAGAUGGUAAUGGAGGUGGUGCUAGUCACAACACUGAGGGUGCUAAUGAAGAUCAAGUCAUCAGGGAGCCAGUGGAACCGCCAGAAACUUGUUGCUGGGAUACAGUUAACCGCAGAGACGUUAAGUUCUCGGGGUUUCAGAAUUUUCCGAGCGCCACGACGUUAGCGGAGGCUCGAGAGAUGAAACUAUUUGAAGACUCCCUGUUGCAGUCUGCGGAGCAAGAGGAAGCUCAUAGCUUGGCGAUCAAGGGACACUCAGAAAACACGUACAACUUGGCUUUUAUGACUAACUUGCACUGCGAUGAAGGGAUACCUCCUCCCUCGAAUCCAGAGUCUUCUAUUGUGGAUCAAGUUUCAAGUCUGGCGUCGGUGCUUUCACGAGUGAUGCCGAAGCAGAUGGACAGCAUGGAAGCUGAGCAGCUACGAGCUCGGUGGGAGGAGCUCAUCGAUGCUCUAGAGAAGGAAAGGCUUGGAUUGCCUAAGAUCAAAACAGGUGGUCGCAAGAUAGGAGUGACGACGCGGACCAACAGUCCGAGAGACUCGGGAAGUGUGAAGCGAAUUGCAGAGCAGAUGAAGAGCUUCGGAGCUACCACUCUGAAUCUGGAGAAAGAAGGUGUAAGCAUAAUCCAGAAAGAAAAAGACGGUCUUGAAGACGUGGGUAUAUCGAAAGAAAGGGCUCACUGGAACAAAGUUGAACAAAAACAAGCAGUUGUAUUUUAGAGGUGUCAUUAGUGAUGAGUUUUUUGUCCACCAUCUUCUGUGUUAAGUCUGUGUAGGUAGCUAUUCGUUUGUUAAAAUCUCAAUUUUUGCAAGGAAUCCUAAUGUGAGUCGUUUAGAAGGGCUUACAGGCCGUUCUCAUGCAGAGCAAUGGAGGGAUUGAGUGAUCGUAUUGUGCCAGAGAGGAUCUAGAUCUCUACUGCUUGAGGUCAUUUCAGAAAUUUUGGACUGCCCUACAAUUCAAGCCCUCCACUUGUAAACGGCCUUAAGGCGUUCAAAUUUUUAAGAGAGGAUUUUCGCAGUAAACCAAGAUUUGCCACGA